UUUGUUAUGGGGAAAUUGGCUUAGUAUUUUGAGAUAUGUUCUCUUAACCAGAUUGUGGAAAUUGCAGUUCAUUAUUGUAAAGUUCAUACAUAUUAUUCCAAAUAUCUCUUGUGUAGAUCUUCUCAAUUAAACCUUAUGCUCUGUAUGUACUGUUUAUUUGUAGCAUAAAGGUACUUGAAAGACCCUUCCUCUGAAUUUAUUUAUGAAUAUAGUGGUAGGAUAUAGGAAGAAAUUUAAGGGAGAGGGAUUACAAAAAAUUUGAAACUACAUCAAAUCAUCUGACCAAGUUUGCCUUGAUUUUGUUGAUCACCCAUGUGUCAGAGAAGCUAUAAAAUUACCAAUACUCUUUAGUGAAACGGAUUUGAAGCUUUCUCCAAUUCUUUUAUGUUCCCAGAAUAGUGAAAUACUUACUCAGAAUGUGGCUAAAGAUUUCACAUCAGAAAAUUCACAAAACUUAUUACAAGAUGUUGAAGAGAGCCUGACUAUCAUCAAUUUCUGAAAUAAAAGACACAUAGAAGUGAUGAUAUAUUUGAAAAUAUUGAUUCGUCAACAAGCAAGCUUGAUAAUUCAUGAAAUUUCCGAUACGGGGGAUUAAAUAAAUUAGGUCCUUCAAUUGGUAUUAAGAAAACCAAUCUAGAUGAAGAUUUUUGAGACUUUUCAGACUCAUCUGAUGAUAGGAAAACUCCCAGCAAUAUGGAUUUCUUAGACUAUCAGUCAAGGCCCUCAGACUUACAAAAGAUUCAAAGGUACAAGCAUUCAGUCAAAUAUGUUGCUACUAAAGGACCA